UCUCGGGAAUGGACAUUUGGCCAAACCCCUCUGUUCACUUUCUCUACACAUCCCUCGGAAGACGAUACGCGGGAACGUCCUCGCCUGCCAGGGAACCCCACUAACUCGGUCCAGUUUAACCUCUCAUUCGAAGCCCGCCACGGCCUCAUCCAAAGUUUCUCUCUAUCCGGUUUGUCCUGCGGUCAAGAAACAACCACCAAGCUCUCGGGUUCCAUAACCAACACCCAGAUCUGGGAGGUCGCAGACUGGGCACAGCGUCUCCGUGCAGAGGGUUUAGACCGAAGCGAAGCGUCGACCGUGGGAGAGUGGUUGAACUCUUUGCUGGGAAGUGGAAACUAA